AUGACAGAGGGGAAUGGAGAGGAUGAGGUGGUGAUCAGUGGCAUUUCCUGCCGCCUGCCUGGUUGUGACAACAUAUUAGAGUUUAAGGAAAAGCUCUUCGCCGGGGUCGAUCUCGUAACCACUGAAAACCAGCGGUUUGAUACAGAAUUCUACGGAAUACCUCGCUUCGGCCAACUGAAUGACGUAUCAAGGUUUGACGCAUCGUUUUUCAACAUCCGUCCCGCACAAGCGGACAAAAUGGACCCUGCCUUGCGGAUGCUAUUGGAGGUUACUUACGAAGCAGUCGUCGACUCCGGUUGCUCUAUGGAAAGUCUAAAAGGAUCACGGACUGGGGUAUUUGUUGGUUCGUGCCCUUCUGCCGCCCAUACUGCGUGGACAAAACAAGCAGAUGAAAUUUCUGGGUUUGAGAUGACUGGUUGUCAUUCUUCCAUGUUGUCCAAUGAAGUUUCGCAUACGUUUGGGCUCCAAGAACCAAGUAUUACCUUAAGCACAGCAUGUUCCUCAAGUCUUGUUGCCAUUGACAGCGCUGUAAGAAGUAUUCGCAGUAAUCAAUGUGACAGCGCAAUUGUUGCUGCUGCGAAAAUCAUACUGAACCCGCUAGAAUCCUUACAGUAUCUUAAGUUAGGAAUGCUAUCACCAAACGGGCGUUGUUUAUCAUUUGAUGAAAAAGCUGAUGGUUACUGUAGAAGCGAAGGAGUCGUGGCCAUUUUACUUCAGAGGAAAGGGUAUGCGCAACGAAAUUAUGCCACAGUUCUUGGAUCAAAAGUUAUGAACAACGGGCAGCCAGAUAAAGCUAUUUUGUCUCCUUCAAAAGAACGUCUAGUACACCUUAUACGAGACGUUUACAAAGAGGUGAAUAUUAAUGUUUCUGAGAUAGCCUACGUAGAGGCUCACGGUACAGGAACGCAGGCUGGUGACAAGGCGGAGAUCGAUGCAAUUUGUGAUGUGUUAUGCGAAGGGAGAAGUGGUCAACUGGUGGUUGGAUCUGUUAAAUCAAAUAUCGGACAUACAGAAGAAGUUUCUGGUUUGGUAGGUGUCCUUAAAGUCGUGUUGGCAAUGGAAGGAAAUGUUUUACCUGGUAACAUACAUUUCACAAAUCUAAAUAAAAAGAUUGAAGGUCUAGUAAACGGGAAAAUUCAAGUCGUGAAAGACAAUACGCCCUGGAAAGGUGGUUUGGUUGGAAUUAAUUCCUUUGGAUUUGGAGGAACAAAUGCUCAUGUUAUUUUGCACAAGGACAGAAGGGUUUCCCAAAAUAUGACUGGAGUAUCGCCGAAUAUGUUGCAUAACAAACGCCUGCUGAUCACAAAUGGCAGAACAGAAAACGGUGUCAGAGAAUCACUUACUCUUCUGAACAAUUACAAUUAUGAACAGUUCUGCUCAGCUACCCUUUUUGGAAGGAAAUCAAAUUACAGAGCAAUGGCGAUUGGACCGAAUUUGGACAGCAUAGAAGUGAAACCAGUGAAGUCAAGGAAGAACGAUGUUUGGCUGAUCUUCACAGGCAUGGGAUGUCAAUGGAAUGGUAUGGGAAAACAACUGGUGAGCAUCGAUAUGGUUUUCGAAUCCUUGAAAACAUCUGAUGAAAUUCUCAAGAAAGAGGGAUUUAGCCUUAUCGAAACUCUUACCGACGAGAACACAGCUAUUGAUACACCAACCAAGAGCUUCGUGUGCAUUCUUGCAAUACAGAUUGCGUUAUACUCCUUGAUACGUGAUUUGGGGAUUGAAGUAUCAGGAUACAUAGGGCAUUCCGUUGGUGAGCUGGCUUGUGCUUAUGCAGAUGGAUGUCUGACACAUGAGCAAGCCCUUCUGGCCGCUUUCUUUAGAGGACAAUGCAUAGAAAACACGUGCAUACCGAAAGGGGCUAUGGCUGCAAUAGGGCUAUCUGUCGAGGAAACACUAUCGAUUUGCCCAGAUGGCGUAACUGUUGCGUGUCACAAUGCCUCAGAUUCUGUAACGGUGUCAGGAAAAAAGAGUACAGUACAAGAGUUUGUUGGUGAUAUGAAAAGCAAAAACAUCUUUGCGAAAGAAGUGGAUUGUAGCGGCAUAGCCUUUCACUCAACAUUGAUCUCCGGAGUAAAACAUGCGUUUAUGGAAAUGCUGAUUAAGAUUAUACCUGAGCCAAAACGUGUCUCAGGUAAAUGGAUUACGACAUCUGUUCCAUGCAACGAACGCCCUGAGAUUCUAUCCUGUUCACCGACGUUUCUGGUGGACAAUCUUCUGAACCCAGUUCUGUUUUAUGAAGCAGUAGCAACGAUUCCCGAUGACGCUCUUGUAGUGGAAGUUGCACCUCAUGCCCUUCUUCAAUCAUUGUUGAAAAGAUCACUAAAAAACAAGAACUAUGUCUUUGGAUUCAUGAAGAAAGACUGUCUUAAAAACGAGGAAAAUAUUCUUAGAACAAUUGGAAGCUGGUGUUAUAUAUCUCGCCUGGAAGGCAUAUGCCAGCUUCGUCGGAAGAUCCAUUUGGGAUACUGCAGUGGUCCUAAAAAAUGUUUCAUUUGA